UGGGGGCAGUUGUCCUAUUGCGUGAUGUGGGGGCGGGAACACCGGGCGCCUAUAGCUUGGAGCAGCUGGCUCGGAGGAAUUAUUGCAAGUCUGCACAACUUAAAAAUCUGCAGUUUGGGGGCGGGAGGGGGAGCGCGGGGGUGGGUCCCCGAGCGUCCCAUUUCUCCUCCCGGCGGUUCACUGAGUUCUUGCUCACUGCAGAGGGGCCGACCAUGCCUUCCGGACCGCAGGCCGUCCUCGCUGAGGCCCCGUUCGUUCCUCAACCUCGGGCUGAAGGCAUCUCCCUGUGACCUCCUCUUCCAUCCUUCAGGAAGGAGAACCGGCUCGUCGCCGUUUCGCUCAGUGCAUGUGACUUGCUGGGUGAGAAUGAUUUCCCAGUGAUUGCUUUGGCCCCUUCAACCAGAAAACAGGAUUCUUCUCUUCUUGUGGCCACUAAAUGCCUCUGUGUACCACACACACCCGUGAGGGAAGAAGGGUGGAGCUUCUUGGAUGAUGAUGGAUGUUCUGCUGGACAGGAUGAGGGCAGAGAGUGUACCAUCGACACCACAAGGGUGCAGCGUGAACUUCCUCAUCUCCCUUCCCAUCCAGCUCCCUGCCUCCUGGGUCCACCAUGGUGUUUGGUGAAUUUUUCCAUCGCCCUGGACCAGACGAGGAACUUGUCAACUUGAACGUGGGGGGCUUUAAGCAGUCCGUCGACCAAAGCACCCUCCUGCGGUUUCCUCACACUCGACUUGGAAAGUUGCUCACCUGCCACUCGGAAGAGGCCAUUCUGGAGCUGUGUGAUGACUACAGCGUGGCCAAUAAGGAGUACUAUUUCGAUCGGAACCCCUCCUUAUUCAGAUACGUUUUGAAUUUUUAUUACACGGGGAAGCUGCACGUCAUGGAGGAGCUGUGUGUGUUCUCCUUCUGCCAGGAGAUCGAGUACUGGGGCAUCAACGAGCUUUUCAUCGAUUCCUGCUGCAGUCAUCGCUACCAGGAGCGCAAGGAGGAAAACCACGAGAAGGACUGGGACCAGAAGAGCAAUGACGUGAGUACCGACACCUCCUUUGAAGAGUCGUCUCUGUUCGAGAAGGAGCUGGAGAAGUUUGACAAGCUGCGAUUUGGUCAGCUCCGGAAGAAGAUCUGGAUUCGAAUGGAAAACCCAGCCUACUGCCUGUCCGCCAAGCUCAUUGCCAUCUCUUCCUUGAGCGUGGUGCUGGCCUCCAUUGUGGCCAUGUGUGUCCACAGCAUGUCGGAGUUCCAGAACGAGGACGGGGAGGUAGACGACCCCGUGCUGGAAGGCGUGGAGAUCGCGUGCAUCACUUGGUUCACUGGCGAGCUCGCCAUCCGGCUGGUGGCCACUCCCUGUCAAAAGAAGUUCUGGAAGAACCCUCUGAACAUAAUUGACUUCGUCUCCAUUAUCCCUUUCUAUGCCACGUUGGCUGUGGACACCAAGGAGGAGGAGAGCGAGGACAUCGAGAACAUGGGCAAAGUUGUCCAGAUCCUCAGGCUAAUGAGGAUUUUCCGAAUUCUCAAGCUUGCCCGGCACUCGGUGGGACUUCGAUCUCUCGGUGCCACACUGAGACACAGCUACCACGAAGUUGGGCUGCUGCUUCUCUUUCUCUCUGUGGGCAUUUCCAUCUUUUCUGUGCUUAUCUAUUCUGUGGAGAAGGAUGAGCACAUGUCCAGCCUCACCAGCAUUCCCAUCUGCUGGUGGUGGGCCACCAUCAGCAUGACGACCGUGGGCUAUGGAGACACCCACCCAGUCACCUUGGCAGGGAAGCUUAUCGCCAGCACGUGCAUCAUCUGUGGCAUCUUGGUGGUGGCCCUUCCUAUCACCAUCAUCUUCAACAAGUUUUCCAAGUACUACCAGAAGCAGAAGGACAUUGACGUGGACCAGUGCAGCGAGGACCCCCCAGAGAAGGGUCAUGAUCUCCCUUACUUUAACAUUAGGGAUAUUUACGCGCAGCGGAUGCACGCCUUCAUUACUAGCCUAUCUUCCGUGGGAAUUGUGGUGAGCGAUCCCGAUUCCACGGAUGCUUCGAGCAUUGAAGACAACGAGGAUAUUUAUAACGCCGCAUCCUUGGAGAACUGCACAGCAAAAUGAGCAGGGACAUUUGUGCCUGUAUUUUGCGUCCCUUCCUGAUGUUAGGUUAACACAGCUUUAUAAACCUCAAUGGGUUCGUUAAAAUCAUUUAAUUCUCAGGGUAUACCUUUCAGCCAUAGUGGGACAUUCAUUGCUCCAAAAUAAUAGAAUCUUCUUUAUUUUUCUCAGUGAAGUGAAUUAAAUGCCUUGUUAGGAAAUUUAUUUUUUACAAGAGAGAGUUGUCAUAUGCUUUUGGAAAAAAGGUAAACGGUGUGGGGUGGGAUUUGUUGCUACGGCUUACGUAUCAUUCUGUGUUUGUCACCUACUCACAUUGAGCUAACUGUAAAUUACCGACAAGUAGAAUCAAAGGCCCAGCUGACUGAAGACUACAUGCAUGUAAGAGCCACAAAAUGAGACAAUGCAUGUGAAUCCAUGUUCGUGUUCUAGACAUGGAAAUUAGGAGCCUAAUAAACUUGCCUAAUGCAGUA